CUAUGUGCCCACUGCUUCGCGCAUAAUUUUACUAAAAACUACUAAAUAAAAUACAAAAAGCCCUUACAAAUCGGGGAUCAAAUUGGAUCGGAUCCUUGAUUUGCCCACUCGCGGCUAUGCGCACUUGGACCGAUAGAUAGCAGCAUCUGUGAAUGGUUCUAUAAUAGCGUCGAAAGAUCCGGAUAUCUAGGGAACCGCUGCCGUGAAAAAAAAGUGAAAAGUGGUGUUAACAAGAAGAAGAAGCACCUUUCGCAGCGAGUACGGUGCGUGCGCUUGUAUUUGUGUGUGUGUGUGUGUUCAAGUAUGCGUGUAUGCGUAUCUUACGUUGCAAACAAAAAAUUUGCUUAAAUUUUUGCAUUUGGUGGCGGCGUUUCUUCCCGUUUGCAACUCAAUCCGUGGCAGCAUUGUAAAGCGCAGCAUUGCCUACAAAUGUUGUUCCCCAAAUAUGAUAAUGAAAGAUGCACGAAUAUGACGUAACUAAGCGCAAAGAGGAACAAGCCAGUCUUCCACCCAACGAGCACGAAUCUAGCAACACUAUCCUCAAAAACAAAAACAGCCGCAAGAGCCUUCAGGACCAGGUCACAAAGCACCAGGAUAAAUCGCCAACGGGGAUCACAGAAGAUCGGAUUGGCACAGCGAGUGAAGUCGGUAAUCUCUCGCCCAGGUUCCGGACUAUAUAUCCGUUUGUCAUUGAGCUCAUUGACCAGGCGGUAGCUCCCCAAGCCUCCCCUCAAGUCAUCACAGAGAAAGUACCGAAAGCAUUGCCCAUAAGAAAGCGGCAACGUCGUAUCUACGCCGCCGACCCAACGCGCUGCUCGAGUCUCAGGUCGCGCCAGGAGCCAGCUGCCGCAGACGGGCAGGAAGGUACCACUUCCAAGCAGCCACCCACUCCGCCACCAGCUGCACCAGCGCAGGCCGCUUCGCCCACACCAACCGAGCCCACUGAGUACAUUAACCCAGAUCAUUUCAAGCCAGAGUUUUGGAAUUGCAUCGAGGAGGAGCAGGAACAGAAGCCAACUGGAAAGAAGCGACGCGGUCCAACUGGGCGCGCCAGGACACGCCGCAAUAAGCUUUUAAGCGAGCUAGAGACCUAUUCGCCAGAAACGGCGGCUGCCAUUGCCGCUGCCCAGCUCGAGCUCGACGCCACACCGAAACCGGGAGGACCGCGGACCAGUCGCAAGAGGGGUCACACCAUGUCGCUGUACGAUCGCCGGCAUCAGACCACCGCGGACGAGCGGCGCGUGGCAAACGGUUAUGGGGGCAAUGGCCUGCGCGCAGGCACCGGCUCCACAUCCAGCGACAUUGAGUCGCAGGAACUACAGGGCCACCAGUAUUAUGGAUCCGCCGGUGGCAGCAACCCCACAGGAUCGGGAUCGGGCUUGAAUGGCAGUGCGGGAACUGUGAAUCAUGCUCCAUCAAUGGGCACGCUUUGCAACAUCGGCAACUCUUGCUACUUGAACUCGGUGGUGUACACCUUGCGAUUCGCCCCCCACUUUCUGCACAACCUGCACCACUUGAUCCACGAUCUUGGCGUGGUGCAGCAGACGAUUAUGCGACAGCAGAGGGCCAAGUCAGCGUCGCUGGGCCGGAACGUGAGCUCGGCGCAGUUGGAGCAUGCGCGAAGUUGGAGCAGCAAGGACUUGGCCUCAAGUGCGGAUCAAUAUAGCGGCCUGAAUGGCGGAGUCAAUGCUGGGAGUGGAGGCAGUGCUUCAAGCAAAUCCACUCAUCAGUCGGUGUCGGAGAAACUGCACGAGCUAUACAACAGCCUUCACGGAAACGAGAUGGCCGACUCCACGGAGCCGUAUCAUGCGGACACGCUGCUGCAUGCCAUCCAGGAUGUGAACGCCACCUUUGAGGGUAACCAGCAGCAGGAUGCACACGAGUUCCUGAUGUGCGUCCUGAAUUGUAUUCGGGAAACGAACCAGUCACUGAUCAAGGCUAUUGGCGAAUGUCCUGAGGUCAUUGCCAAUGGCUAUGUCGCAAACCCGGACGAGGUAGACACCGGUGAGCCUCAGGAGCGAGCUGAUUCCGUUGCGUCGCAGGGCGUGAGCUCUGGCAACGGAUCGCUGUUAUCUAGUCAAACCACAACGACGAAACCGUCAUUCUUUUCGCGCAAAUCCAAGAGAAAAGACGAAGUCAAGUCGUCCAAGUCAACGCGCGUUCAGUCGCCCCUCAAGGACAACAGUCCCACGGCGGGCACAGCCCACGCCACCGCCAACAGCUUGUUCUACCUAAACACGGUUGAUCUCAGUGGCGCCAACAGCAGUGGCGGCAGCGUAGUGGUUCCCACGCCGACUGUUGCCCUACCGGCUGUGCCGGCGCCCCCAGCAGCUAAAUACUCCAGCGACGACGAAAUGAACUCGGCCACUGUUCUGAAGGACAAGAUGCGACUGGAGGAGAGAAUAAGGGAGCUGAACCUCAACUUUUUCAACUCGGACUUCGAGGGCCUCAUGGUGCUGACCACCAAGUGCCUAAGUUGUGAGACGGUGACGCGACAAAAGCAGGGAAUGAUCGACAUCUCGGUGCCGGUGCCCAUUUCCGGAUACGAAAACACCGAUCUGCAGGAUAAGCCCAGCAACUACAUUCAGAACUCGUGCAUCACGAAGGAGUACUUCCGCGGGGAGAACAAGUAUAGCUGUAAUCAGUGCACCGGGUACACUGAGGCCAUUCGGUCCAUCUCGUACGAGGUGCUGCCGAGGCUGCUGGUCAUCCAGCUGAACCGCUUCUCCGGUGGAAUGGAGAAAGUGAGUACGUACGUGCCCACCAGCUUUACUCUGCCCUGCUUCUGCAUCAAAUGCUGCGACCUCAGCGAGAGCAAUAAGCUGCACGUCUACAAGCUGUACAGCGUAAUCACCCAUGUCGGGGCCACGCUCACGGUGGGCCAUUACAUCGCCUACACGUGCUUCCUGGACUUGGCCAGCGACUAUGUGAACUGCCCAAAGGACCGACGGAACACGAUGACUGGAUCGCAAACGAUGGCCUCGCAGUCUUCGGCUUCCAAUGAGAACGCGGCUCCGAAUAACGGAAGCAGCAGCGUGGCCAGUACUCCGGUCUCGGCGGCCGCCUCGGCCUUGGCCUCUUCCGGAACGAGUCUGAUGAAGAAGAUGAAGUUCGGCCGCAGCAAGGCCUCCAGUAGCGGCGAUAUGAGCAAGAACGUGAAGCAGCUGAACGGGAUCAGCAGUAAAACGAUCACAAACGGGAUCGGGAAGCUCAGCAUGAACACCACCUGCCACGGAGUCAACUGCUGUGCCAUGCGGCUCUGUUGCAAUCAGCAGACGAGCAACAGCAACUCGGCCAGCUGCAGUGACUUCAGCGAGGAGUCCCUGCAGAACGGCAGCAACAGCAAUCUCAGCUACGGCAGCUCGGGAACCACCUACCCGACGGGCUAUGGAAGCACAGGCCGUGGCGGCGUCAAGGUCAACUAUGCUCACGGGGGCACGGACCCCAUUUGGUAUAUGUGCGAUGAUGACAAGAUCAAAGCCAUGACCCAGCGAGAGUUCGAGGAGUUGCUGUCGCCCACCCGGAAGAUAACCAUAACUCCUUACUUGCUGUUCUACGCACGAUUCGAUCUGCAGCCGGCACAGACCGCUGCCUCGUCAAAGCCGGGAACAUCGUCGACGCCGCCGCCAUCGAGUGGAUCGCAGGGCUCCUGGUCGAACGAUAACUUGCCCAGUGGCUCGCACAAGAUAUGAGGACUUCAGGACUUCAGGAUUCACCGACUCCAUCAAUUCAGAAACAUACAUAGGCACCCACAACCACAAUCGAUUGUAACGUAAUUAAUAUUAAUAAACAAUAACUGUAAUAUUGUAAUAGCACACUAAUUCUGCAAUAUUUUUAGAGAUUUAGUUCUAGUUUCUCCAUUGCAUUACGUCUACGUUACGUUACUCUAGUUUUAUUUCAAUUGUUUUUAAACUUCAUUUCGAGAGCGCUGCUAUAGUGAUAUUAAUAUUUACAAAGCAAAGAUUUGUGUAAAAUUCUAAUUGUAAAGUUUAUAAUUAACAUUUAAAGGUAACAAUAACAGUUGAACUAACAAUCUGCAGAUACAGAUACAAGAUA